ACUCAAAUAAAACCCCAAACCCGAAGGCAGAACCACUGAUACCAAUACGCUUGAGCCCCAUCACUCUCGUUAUUCAGAAGCCAAGCGGCGACCGAAGUGCCGAGCCGUUACUUCGCGUAUUCGUCGUACAUUUCCUCUUCAACAAGCAUCCAAGGUUUAAGUUGGAGUUUAUGGCAUCGAAGUUGCAACAGUUGCAAUCCAAGGCAUGCCAAGCGACGAAGUUUCUGUCGCAGCAUGGGAAUGCCUAUUAUAAGCAGUUGUUGGAGCAGAACAAGCAAUAUGUUCAGGAGCCCCCCACAGUGGAGAAAUGUAACUUGUUGGCGAAACAAUUGUUUUACACUCGUCUAGCUAGUAUUCCUGGACGUCGUGAGGCAUUCUGGAAGGAAGUUGAUUAUAUGAAGAAUUUAUGGAAGAACAGGCAGGAUGUGAAGGUUGAGGAUGCCGGCAUUGCUGCUUUAUUUGGACUGGAGUGCUUUGCAUGGUUUUGUGCUGGUGAGAUUGUUGGAAGGGGAUUCACUUUCACUGGUUACUAUGUCUGAGGUCAAUUAGUUGGUAAAAUGUUUUUCAAGGAAAAGAAUAUGUAAGCUUCGCAUACCAUUCGUGAUUGAAUCACUGCUACUCUACAUGCAAUUUUUGUUGUUUCUUCAAAAUUUUUGAAGCUGAGAAAUCAGUGGGUAACUUUGGUAGCGUCAAUAAUUUUGUAUUUGAAGUGACUUGCGUUAACAAACCUUGCUGUUGUUUUAUCUUCAUCAGAAACUGCUACGACUACCCAUGAUUGAUGAUAAAGGGUGCAAGUUGUUGAGGAGUUUCCUCUUUCACUCCAAUCACUUGACUAAUCAUCUAUUUCUCUUUAAUACAAUUGGCUUGAUCAAAGUCGAUGUAGAUUUACGUAGCUUAUAUUAUAACAUUUUUAUUUGAA